CCUACUCCCCGUUGCUCUUCCUGAAUGGACGAUCACGCUGCCUGCGGUCCACGCCUCCCUGCCUGCCUCAUCUUCUGCUCUACCUCUUCAUCAAGAAACUAGCUGCAGCCUCUCGGUACUUUAUUGCGCGGUGAUUGAUUCCGGCUCGGUUUGUGCAGCGCUGCUUUUUUAAAGGAGCCUUCUGAAGGAAAUCGCCGCGUACACUUCGCUCCUGUGUUUCUGACCCAGCGGCUCCUUGAUUCUCACCUCUCUGCCUGCCUAGAACAUUGUGUCCUUUGUGGGGGAAAAUGACUGCAAAGCAUCGAAGAGGGAAAGGCAACCACAAGCAUGAAGAUAACUUUUUCAAAAAUGAAGUUGUGGAGUCAGAAGUGCGCGGCGGAGUCAACAAUUACGCGCUGCACUUGGUUUUAUUCCUGCUGAUUGUAAUUGGCGGUGCCACCGGCGCAUGGUUCUGUUUCCAGCAGCACCAAAGUUUAACCUACUUAACAGACAGUCUCAUGGGCAUGCAGAUGAAAAUAGUGAAACUACAGUCCUCUCACGAAGAAAUGCGACAGUCGAGCAGGGAGCAGCACGUUUCAGAGAGCCUGGAGAGCCGCCUGAAUGCCCUGGAGGACUCUUACGCACUGGCCCAGAAACAAGUGGGCAUGGCCUUGGCUACAGCCGAACAGCUCAAGACGUCUGACCUACCUGCUCAGGUGCUGUCGCUCCACACAGAGAUGAAAGCCCGCCUGGCAGAGAUGCAGCAGGCCACCGUGUCUCUGGAGCAGCUGAGCCAGCUGCAGACCAUGCUGAAGGGGAAGAGCGAGGAGUUCGAGGGUGUUAGGAUUCAGGUGGAGGGCCUGGCCAUGCUGAGCGCCGAGCUGUCCCAGAAGGUCGAGGUCUUGACGGGGGGCAUGGACGAAGCGGAAUCGAAGCUGGAGGAGAAAGUUGGACAGGUUGCCACGCUGAGCGCCACCCUGGACGGACAGGCUGCAGAGGUGCUCAGACUCAAAGAGCAGUUGAACACCUACCAGGCUCAGCUUGACGCCAGCACACAGGAGAUGGCUACAGUCAGAGCGUUGCUUGAGAGUGAAAAGUCCCAGGAGGUCCCGCAGGCCAGUGUGGAGGAACAGCCUGUGGGACAGAUGGAGGAAGAGGCAGCUCCCGCAGCUAUAGAAGAGGCAGCUGCAGCAACUGAAGAAGAGGCACUCCCCGCAGAUGUAGAACAAGAGGCGCCCAUCUCAGAAGAAAAGGCAGAGGCAGAUGAGGGAGGAGAGGCAAGUGAAGGAGAGGCAGCUGCACAGGGUGAAGCUCCUGUCGAGCAGGAGGACGCUGUGACAGAUGAAACUGCUCCUGCAGAGGAAGCUGAGGCAGUGGAGGAGGAUCAGACGGAGCAAGAUGAGUCAGUUGUCUUAUCAGAAGAGACAGCAGAGGGGGUACAAGGUGAAGAGGAGCCUGAAGAGGAGCCUGAAGAGGAGAACCAAGUAGCAGAUGCAGAGGAGGAGAGUCACAAAGCAGAGGAGGAGGCAGCAGCAGAAGAGGAGAUAGUGUCUGAAGGAGAGAAGGGACUAGGAGAGGAGGUAGUGUCAGAAGGAGAGGAAGAACAGCAGGAUGUAGUAGCUGAAGAGGAGGCAGAGGAGACAGAUGAAGAAAGAGAGGGGCCUUUAGAAAAUGCUUUACCCGAGGAUGAAUAGUGCUUGUCACCAGAAAGGGAUUUAUUUUCCACACCGGACAUAUCCACCAAGGAGAACGGGAGCUUUCUCAGUCUAAAGUCACAGUCUACAACAUGACAAAUACUGUAGAAAGGCAUUAUUGAUUGCUGUUGUUUAGGUGCAGUAUUCAUUAUGUGGUUGCUCUUUGAAAAGGCAUAAGAAAUCGGUCACUACGCUGGAGUCGGAGCUGAAACCUGUACCUCAAAAAUAUGACAUGGCUGUUAACUUAGGAAAUGAUUAAUUCAGGGUUUUUACCUGCCAAUAACAACCUGAAAAGCCUUAAUCCAUAAAUCUGUCUUUCUACAGAGCUUUUUCCACUCAUCAUAACUCACACUUUUUCUUUGUCUCAAGGUUAGGUUCUGUACUAAACUGGAAAACUAAAAGCCAAUGACAUGAACUGUUUAUCAACACACUUGAAGCCAUAAGUAAUGCCUGUCUUGGUGACAUUAAAAUGGUUCUUUUUGUCACUGCCUGAAACGUAUCGUGAGACAAUAUUUUGGAAAGAUAAAAAACAGCUGCAGUAACUUAAUGCAUCCCAGUUGUUUACACGGGCAACACGGCCAACUAAAGAGUGAGCAAAAAAGAAAAAAAAAAGCAUCUUUCAUAUGAUAAACGAGAACAAUUCCUGAAUGUUCUUAAAGUAUAGGAUGAAAUGUAGUUGAUAGAUUUUUUUUUUUAAACUUUUUAAAGUACUUAAAAAUGGAAGUUUGCUUUGAUAUAGCACUUUUGUAACCGAUUACAAUUCCACUCAGACCUACACACUUGUAGCUGUAAGAUACAGUGGUCUUAAAGUCCUCUACCAAGAACUGUUUCACCAACAGCACUCUACUGCUUUAAAGCUCCACUGUGGGCAUGGAUUGAACCCCUAAAACUUCCUCUCUGCUCAUCAAAAUUACAUAUUAAUAUGUUUUGUUUCCAUUAAAAAAAUCCCCUCAAGCCUUACAAUGGCUCAGAUGUAACUCUGCUGCUGCAUUACAAAUUUUUCUUUACUUCAGUACAUACUGUUGCAUGGAGUAUGCAUACAACUGGGACAUACUACUUCAUUUGAAGUUGAAAGAAAAAGUACUUGAUUUGAAACGCAGAGUACGUCUUUGCCUUUUUUAUGUAUGCAUGAUUUUAUGAGUAUGUAUACAAGCCCCGCCCCUCACCACCUCUCUUGCUGCUCGAGCGUACUUGCUCACCUUCUACUUUGCUCAUCAAACGCACAAACCUCUGCUUGUAAAUAGUCACAGAUAACACGAGCCUUCAGCUUGACUAAGUUAUCAAACACUUCAUGUUUUGCUAACGUUAGAUUAACUUUGUUCCCGAUCACCAGCUCUCAGAUGAAGUGAAAGUAAACCUUAACGUGCAAAAUACAAAUACAUAGCUACUCCUGCUUCUCCUAGGAUGCCCCUUGUUUCUCAAGUCGAAGGGACUGGUUCCUUCAGGCCUACACACACCAAACCGACAUCGGAGAACUAGUGGCAACGGAGGCCGACUGUUGCAUUGGCUCACAUCUCCUGUGUUAUACUAAACGCACCACAAACACUACAGCCAAUGGCCAACUGGCACUUAAGUUCUGCGCCUGUGUGAGAGGAAAUAACCCUCAAUACCAGCAGGCUACGAUAGUCUAUAUUUCUCUUUGAGAACGAGGAACUAGAAGGCCGACAGGAUGGAUUCAAGAUGCUAGUUAGCCAAAUAUCACAUUAAAAUUAUAACCUGAUGUUGAAAGAGCAAAUAAUAUUUACUGUGUACUAGCAAAUAACAACAAUCAUUUACAAACUGUUUAUGCUAAUAAGUUCAGUGGCUAAAAAAAAUAUCUUACCUGAUAUAACAAGUUAGGUUCGAUCUCACACUCUUGACUUAAGCCAUUUGUUUACUUUCCUCACUUCUGUUUCUCUGAUUUUUCUCACUGAGAGGUUCCACUGUCAAAAACAAAAGGCCCCGUCACCGUUGCCCCUCUGUUGCCCCCUACCAAAAAACUGGUGCAACAGACACUCGCCAAUGGCCCGACAUUUACUAAUGGUAGCCCGUCUGAUUGGUGUGGUUUGUGAUGUAACAAACCUUGGCUGUCUGAAUCCGUGUUUUGUUUUUUGUUUUUUUCAUUGGGACACUGCAGUUCCAUCGACAAAAUGCUCAACCAUGGCGUUGACUGCUUAUUUUGCUCGAUAUGUCUUGUAACACAUAGAAAAACAUCAAGUGGAAAUGUUAAGACUUGAUUUACACUUGAGGGGGUCUUUUAAUCAAAAGUACACAAUUUAGUCAGACUUUGCAUCAUUUAGUGCUGCUGUGGGUCUUUAACAAAUCACAGCAGGUCCUCUAUGCAUUAUUAUCACUACUCAUAAUGUUCUGACUUUGGGGAAAAAAGCAGUUGUUUGUAACUGUGCGCUCAGUGAAGCACCUCAGGGACAACUUGUUCUCCAGAUGGAUGGAAAACUGUCGCAGUGUUAAACAACAGCUAAAUCUUGUGUUUGCAGAGAGACUUUUACAACCUAGUCAUAUUUAUCCAAAACAUCAGACCUAAACCAAUCAGUGUCAAAAUGUCAAAGUUGAAAACCAUAAGAUUAGGUGAUUCAAACUUUACAGUUGUAAACGUGGAGCUUUUGUGUGUAGGCGGUCAUGUGACAGGUUGGUGAAGUUCAUAAACCAGAGUCAAACAGUAGCUGAAAUACACACGUUUAGCUAAAUAUGAACUUAACAGAAGGACAACUUUAUGCCGCAAAGUCAUGUUGGACUUUUUAGUAUUAGUUGCGCAGAGGAAGAGUUACCCAGCAGGACACUGACCCUACAUAUGGAUCACAACUAUGCCAGGACUGUGAAAUCUGAAAGAGGAGCAAAGAGUGCCAGCGUUUAUCUCCAUAAUCUCCAGAUCUCAACCUCUCUGUCACUGAACAUGGCCGGGAACAUCUGAAACAAAUAAAGGGCAAAACAUAAGGUCACAGUACAAGACUCUCUGAGAUGCGCUGGAAUAAUGUGAAUUCUCAAUAAUGCAGAAAAAGUGCAAGCUGUGAUUAGGGCAAAGGACAGACAUAUCAGUUAUUAAUAUCAAAUAUAUUAUCAAAUUACCUCUGUGGAGACAUGACGAAUGUUUGUGUAGUCAUGCUUCAUCGUGUGGAAUAAGUUUCUGCUAAGUGGAUUCAACAGAGUUCUUGGUAGUUUAGUCAGACUUGGACACCACUGUACAUUUUACUGAGACUUUUCACUUUUACAGAAUGCACUGUUUUUGCCAAGGCUUUGGUUACUUUCAGAAUGACACUUCUCACAUUGUCGUGUUUUUAAAAUAAACCCUGGUUCUUUCACUUUUGUAUACUCGAUUCUGUCCUGUUGUGU